AUGUGCUGUGCUGACAUUUUCUUUUGGAGACAGAUAUUUAUACUGAUCCCAGGAUGUCUACACGCGAUUGCCAUGGGAUUCAUGGUGGCUUUCCCGGCUGUGCUAAAUCCGGCGAUACUAUCUCCGAAUAGCACAGACAUCACAGCUACUUCUGCCCAAGCUUCCUGGAUAGCAUCAACUAAUGGCAUUUCCGGAAUCUUCGGUUUCUUAAUUUUCUCACCUAUAUUUCAAAUCUUCGGGCGGAAGAUAACCAGCAUCGGAUUGAAUCUCACAUUGAUCGUCGGCUGGCUCACACUAUCCCUUGCUAACAGUAUCACGGUUUUAGUUUUUGCUAGAGCUAUCCAAGGCUUAAGUAUAGGCGGAGUAUUUAUCGGUUCGAUUACUAUAUGUGAAUAUGCAAGUCCACGUAGAAGAGGCUAUUUUACGUCAAUUAAGAUAAUAUCAUUAGGUGUAGGUUCAUUGGUCUGUCAUUCUUUUGCAAUUUUUUGCACAUGGAGGCAAAUAGCUGCUUUUUGUAUAAUUCCAACAGCAUUAGCUGUAGUAUUUAUACUAUUCUGGCCGGAGAGCCCGUCUUUUUUAGCUAUGAAAGGACGUUUCGAGGAAUGCGAGAAAGCCUUCACUUGGUUAAAUGGAAACUCUGUUGAGAGUAAAAGAGAGCUUAAAGACUUAAUAAAAGCACAGAUGAGGCGACAUGAACUGAUUAGAAAAACUGAAAAGAUUUCUUAUGUAGAGAGUUUUAUAAAAACAUUAAAAAAUAAAGAGAUGCAAAAAGCUUGUAUUAUAACUGCACUUCUCACUUUAUGUAUUGAUGCUUGUGGCAGAUACUUCCUAAUAGCUUAUAUAACGCAAAUAUUAGUAGAAAUUACUGGUAGUAAAUCAAUAGCAAUAUACUGUUCCAUAGUAUCUGAUCUCUUGUUAAUUUUCGGUUUAAGUAUAUCAUGUAUUGUAAUACGGAAAUUUAAAAGACGUAAGAUAUUAUUUAGUUUAGGUUUACUGACAACUGCAAUAAUGUUCAUUAUAAGUUUAGUGGCCGUUUUAAAAUCCAAAUAUGAUAUGUUAUCUCAAGUGCCAUGGCUAUUCCCUUUCGUAAUAUUAUUACAUACUUUCGUGGCUCAUAUUGGUUUAGUACCAGUAUCGUUUGCAAUAACUGCAGAAGUUUAUCCUUUGGAAUAUAAAGGGAUAUGUUCGUGUAUAUCAGGAAUAGUAUUUACAAUUUUUUAUGCCCUGACAUUAAAGUUAACACCUAUGAUGAUAGAAUUUAUGGGCGUAUCGGGUACUUAUGCUGUGUACGCUUUGCUAGUAAUGUUUUGUUUAGCUAUUUUAUACUUUAUUCUGCCAGAAACUAAGGAUAGGACAUUGCAAGAUAUAGAAGAUGAAAUAAGGGGCACCGACCGAUCUGAUGUAGAUAAAAAUUUGUUACCUGAAAAAGUCAUCUCAGCGGAUAUUUGA